CUCCUACUGUGCCGACGCAGCCUUUUCUUCUUGGCACCUCCGGUACGCACCGCAGCAAUCGUCCAGAUUCCAGAGUCUAGACAGAGAGAAGGAUGGGGUGAGAUGGAAGGAGAAGAAAAAGGGGGCAGCUUGGUGGAAUCCCGGCAUGUGGCCACUGCUCGCUGCUGCUCCUGAGAGAGUCCACCUGUUUUAGUGUGGUGAGAACUAUUCAUUUAUCUUCCUGUCCUUUCAACUAAUCCAAGACUUGGCACCUGUUAAAACAGCAAAAAAUUGAACUGAAGUUCCUCACUCGGCCACUACUUUCAUUUUCCUAACCAGUCAUAUCCAGAUGCAUCAGAUAAUUGCUUUGCUGUCCCGUCCAGAAUAGUGAGGAAGUUGAUGCAGUUCAUAAUUUUCGGAAAUAUAUUGCAUUGUACAUAGUAAGUGAGGUAUUAGUUAUUUUUUUGGAGUGGUCGAUCUUGCUUUUGGCAUCAAUGGCAGCAUCAGUUGGUCAUGACUCAAGACAAUAUUCAUGGCUGUGGGUUAGCCAUAUCAGUCCCAAGAACUCCAAAUGGCUCCAAGAAAAUCUCAGCGAUAUGGACACAAAGGUGAAAGCCAUGAUCAAGCUUAUCAAUGAAGAUGCUGAUUCUUUUGCAAGGAGAGCUGAGAUGUACUACAAGAAGCGCCCAGAGCUAAUGAAACAGGUUGAGGAGUUCUAUCGAGCAUACCGUGCAUUAGCAGAAAGGUAUGAUCAGGCCACUGGAGCACUUCGACAGGCCCACAGGACGAUUUCUGAAGUAUUCCCAAAUCAGAUGCCAUCGAUGGAUGAGUCACCCUCUUCUACAGGUCAAGAAAUGGAGCCACAUACUCCAGAGAUGCCUACUUUCUCCCGUACACCAUUUGAUUCAGGUGAUCAUUCCACCUCCAAGAGGAAUGGUUCACACCCUCAGGAAACCAGUGCAUUGUCAGAAAGAAAGAGUCUAAAGCGGUUCAAUGAUUUGUCACAAAGUGGUGAAAAUGCUCCUCGUGCUGUUUUUGAUGGAAAAGCACGGAAAGGCCUAAGCUUUGAAAGCCCAGAAGUUAAAGGGAAACAGGAUAUCAGCAAUGAAAUGAUAAAUCUGCAACAAGAGAUGUCAAGAUUAUUAACUGAGAGCCAGAAUCUGAAACACCAGAUGUUGUCUGAAUCUGAGCGGGCAAACAAAGCUGAAAAUGAGAUCCAAAGCCUGAAGGAUACUGUUUUUCAAUUGAAUUCUGAGAAAGGUACCUCUCUUCCGCAAUAUAAUCAGUCCACAGAGCGUUUGUCUACUUUGGAGUCUGAGCUCUCUAAGGCGCAGGCUGACCUCAAGAAGCUAACUGAUGAAAUGGCUUCAGAAGUCGAAAAGCUAAAUAGUGCUGAAUCACACAAUAGUGUGCUACAGUCUGAACUUGAGACUUUAGAUAAUAAGGCAAGGAUACAGCAACAAGAGCUUGAACAAAAGCUUAAGGAAUUAGAAAAUGUCCACUUAAGCUUCCAGGAGGAACAUGAAAAGCGCAUGCAGGCUGAAAGUGCUCUUCUUUCUGAGGGAAAGGAGCGUGCUAAAUCUCAGGAAGAAGUUCAAAGGUUGACUAUAGAGGUCAAGAUGGCACAUGAAAAGUUGGAUGAGCUCAUGCAGAGCAAUGUGGACCUGGAGAGUGCUGUUUGUGAGCUGAAGAAAGAAGUUGAGAGCCUUACUGAACAAAAUAGCUCUUUUGAGCUGCUGAUACAAGAACUUCGUGAUGAGAUAAAUUCAUUGAGGGAUUCAAAGGGUGAACUCCAAAGUGAAACCCAAAGCCUUAGAGUCACCAUUUCACAGCUAAACGCUGAGAAGGAUGGAGCUGUACUUCAACACCAGCAGGCUGUCGAAAGGGUAGAUGUGCUGAUGCAAGAUUUGAAACGGAAGAGAGAGGAAGUUAACAGUGUCCGUGGCCAGCUGCAAGAUGAAAGCCAUAGACACACACAAACUGAAGCAGCUCUUCUCAUGACAAAGAGUCUGCAUUCUAAAUUGGAGCACGAAGUGAAAGGGCUGACACAAGAUCUAGACACGUCAAGAAAGAAGCUGAAUGAAUUGGAAAAUGACAAGUUAGAUCUGGAGAAUACAUCAACAGAACUAAAGAAAACCAUUUUAGAUUUGAACUCUGAUAAGGAUGCAGCACUCCUUCAACAACAGCGGUCUCUGGAGAAAGUAUCUUAUUUGGGGUUAGAACUCUCAAAAGCACAGUUGGGACUGGAGAAGUCUGAACAGAAAAUGCAGGCAGUGGAGCUCGAAAUUGCACAGAAGAGUGAAAAUGUGAACAGCCUGGAGUUGAGUUUGAAAGAAGAAGCAGAGAAGAGGGUGCAAGCUGAAACAUCACUCAUGUCAAUGGAGAAUAUGUAUGCUCAGUCUCAAGAAGAAGUGAAUAGGCUGCAUCUGGAGAUUGAGAAGCUGAAUGGCAAAUUGAAUGAGUUGGAGAAGUUGUCAUCUGAACUCAAGAGCACCAUCUUACUUCUAAACACUGAGAAGGAUGCUACCCAUCUUAAGAACCAGGAAUCCUUGAUGAGAGUAUCCGAUCUGGAAUCUGAACUCUCAAAACUGCAAGCUGAACUGGAUAAGGUUGAUGGAAAAGUACAGGUGCUAGAGCAAGAACUUAAGCAUAAACAAGAAGAAGUGUGUAUCCUCCAAACUAGCCUAGAAGAUGAAACCCAGAAACGCGUUGAAGGUGAAGCAACUCUUCUCUCAGUGACAAGUCUUCACUCUGAAUCUCUGGAGGACGUGAACAGGCUGGCCAUGGACAUUGAGAAGCUGACUGGGAAAUUAAAUGAGGUGGAGAACAGUAAGAGGGAUCUUGAGAACAUGGUAAACAAGCAUACAGAGGCCAUCAAUUCCCUUCAUGAACAGAAUCUUUCUACCGAGCUUAUAGUAGGUGGCCUGCAUCGUGAAUUGGAUGCAUUGAAAGCGUUGAAUCUGAAACUUGAGGCUGAAAUGGGGUCACAUAUAGGUGAAAAGGAGGCACUUCAGAAAGACUUUGCUCGUCAAAGAGAAGAGAAAGAAAAUCUAGACAGUAGACACCAUGCUCUGACUGAUGAGAUGGAUGCUCUAAAAAGCAGCAUAGCAGCAAAACAUAAUUUAAUAGCAGAAUUGCAGAGUACAAACUUAAAACUGAAGGAGGUGUGUGCAAAGAAUUUGAUCGAAAAGGCACUUCUCUCGGAAAAGGUUCAAGAAAUGGAGAAGCUAUCUGAAGAAUAUUCACUGAUGGAGAAUUCAAUUUCAGAUGCAAAUGCUGAAAUGGACGGGCUGAGGGAGAAGAUAAAAGCAUUAGAGUCUUCAGAAAGCUCUUUGAAGGCUAAGGUUUUGUCUUGUGUUUCAGAAAAGGCUGUUCUUGUAUCAGAGCUAGAGAACCUUGGUAAAAGGUUUGCUGACAUUUCAAAGAACAACUCCACACUUGAGUUCUCAUUAUCUGAUACGAAAGCUGAGUGUGAAGUUUUUAGGACAAAACUGAAAGAUUGUGAAGAAAGGCUCCAGACUCAACUUGCAAAUAACUCAGCUCUUUCUGCAGAAAAGAAUAAUUUGUUCUCUCAGAUGGAGAACAUUACAGUGGUUAUGAAAGCCCUGGAAGGUAAGCAUGCCAAUCUGGAAGAAAAGCACUCCUCUUUAUCAAGAGAGAAUGAUCUUGUGCAUGAUCAAGUCAGGAAACUGCAGGGUUUGUUGAGAACAAUUAAUGCAGAGUAUGAAGAUGCUGUGAAGUCACAUGAAAUGCAUGCAAACAGACUAGAGGAGCAGAUUUCUUCUCUGCAAGAGAAAAUGCAUCAUAUGGAUGAGAGGCUUGAGCAGGAAGAGCAAACAAGCAUGAGCGCUUCUAUUAGCUUAAUGGUCUUGGAGGACAGUUUGGCUGAUAUGAAAGACAAGAAUGUGGCUCUUUUCAAAAAGUGUCAAAAGUAUGUAGAGGAAAAUCAUUCUGCAGACAUUUUAAUAUCACAGCUGGAGGAUGAAGCCAGACAUCACGAAGUGGAGAGGAAAACAUUGCUAAAUCUUAAUGGAAAACUAAGGGAAGGGAUUUCGCAGCACAUGAAGAUCCUUAGCAUCAACAAGGAUUUAGGACCUGCUGAGGAUGAGAUUCUGUUGCAGACCGUUUCAGAUGAAACCUCCAAUAUUCUGAAACUUAAAGAAGAAAGUGAGGAUGUUAAUAUGCUCUCGUACACCGAGCUCUCGGUCCUUACGACUGUCAUGUUGCAAAUAGCAAUGGAGUCCAGAGAUCUGUAUUUGCAGAAGUGCGCCCUUGAGAAAGAGGUGGAGAAUGAAGCAGCAGAAUUGCUUUCUCUGAAAAAUAAAAAUUGCCAACUUUUGAAAUGCAAUGAACAGUUGAGUCAAGAGUUGCAGAAAGGCUGUGAAAGGGAACAGGUGCAGAAAACUGAAGUAUUGGUUUUACAUGCGAAGCUAUCUUGUUUGACAGAGUCCUACCAGACUGCGCAAGAUGAAAUAAUUGACAUGACUGAGAAAAACGGGUCCUUGUCUAAGGAGCAACAGUCUUUGAUCGAGAAGUACAAUGCCUUGGAGGAUGAGAACGGUACUGUUCUUGCAGAAUGCAUGAUGCUUGAGCACUUGUCUUUGUUCUUGAGGGGCCAUAAUAAUGAGGUAGCAUCUGCAUUGGUAUCUCUUACCGAUGAGAUGGCUUUGCUGAGUUUAGUUAAGGGUGAACUUGAUAGUGAAGUCAAAGCUAUGAGCGCUAGAGCUCUGAUGCUUGAAUCAGAAAACAAUCACCUCAAAAAGUAUUUAGUCUACUUGGUGGAUGUUUUUAGGACUCGUUUUGUCCUCUUAGAGUUUGAUUUGAACAAUGCAAAAAGUGUCUGCCAGGAGUUGGCCAUUGAACUUGAGAGUUGCAUGGUACAGUUGAUUCAGAAGGAUGAUGAGCUACUGGAAGCAGAAGAGAAUGCUCAGCUCACACAAGAAAAGAACCGGGAAUUAUGUGGAGUUGUUGGGGCUCUUCAGGUUGGCAUUGAAGGUGCUAAAGUGAUGAAAGGAGAACUUGAAAACAAAAUCACGACGCUGACUAGGGAGUGCACUACCAAGGAUGAUGAAAUUUUCCUACUUCGCCAAGCAAAUGAAACACUGCAAGCAGAUGCUGCCAUUCUUAAAGAGAAGGAGCAGAGUUUGGGUUCUGCACAUGAACUCAUGUUGAAAGAGGUUGAGCAACAUGAAAGAGAGUUUGUUCUGCUAGUGGGUGACGCAAUAACCUCUUCCGUGAAUGCUGCAGUCUAUGAAGAAAAGAUAAUUGAGUUUAUGAAGGAAGCCAAAGAUAUUGAAAUUAGUGCAAUUGCCCAAAGAGAGCGAAUAGAGAAUGAAAUCUUCUCACGAGAUGGUCAUUUUGAGGCUCUGCUGGAAAAGGCAACUGGUGUGCAGGAAGAAAAUGCAGAACUGAUUGCCGAGUUGAGCAAGCAUGCAGCACUGGUAGGAUCUUUGUCUGAUCAUAUCUAUGUGCUUGAAGAAGACAUUCUUUCUCUAUCAAAGCCCCAUUGCACAGAAGUCAUAGAGGAAACUAAAGUUGGACCUUCUAUGCAAGAGGACGACCAUGGGCCAGAAUCUCGUCGGUUCCCAACAGGAACUCUGGAGUUACAGCAAUUAAUGUCAAGAAUAGAAGCACUUCGGGCGUUUAUAUUAAAUGCCAAGGACCGUCGAGAUCAGGAGUCAACCAAUUUUGCUGCAAAAUUGGCGGCAGCAAAUAUAGAAAAUCAAGAGCUUAGAGCAAGAGGCGGCUUGGAGGCAAAGGAAAUAUAUUCUGACAAUGAGAGGCAAAAAGAUGCUGACGGCCCCAAAGGGAAGCAGGUCCAGAUGAUGAAGGAUAUUGAACUUGAUCAAAUAUCUACCUGUCCACCAUAUGGUACUGGAGCUGCCCUCUACCCGCUUGGCACUGGUGCAAAUGCUGAGAUGGAUGAUGAGAUGCUUCAGCUAUGGGAGGCUGCAGAGAGGAGCUGCAAGAACCAAACAGCAAAGUCCUCGUCAUCUGAGCACGACAUACAGGCGGUCGAGGAAGUGAAAAGCGAGUACCCUUCCUCAGAGCUAGUAAGGGGAAGAGACCUUGGAAUCAAUAAGCUUGAGAUGUCUUCUGCAUCUAUGGUAGAGCCUCACGAGGUAUGGGGCAAUAAUGUGGUUGACAGACUCAGUUCUGAUGCUCAGCGACUGCUGAGCAUCCAAGAGAGCAUUGAGGAGUUGAAGCGGAAAAUGGGUGGCCCAUCAAAGGGCAGGUCCCCCAUGAAUUCAGAAUACAACAGUGUGAGCGCUCAGCUGCAUGAGACUGAGGGAUUCGUCUUGGAACAGAUUAAUCUCAACAGAAAAUUAGCGAAGAGGGCUGAGAAUUACCCUGCACUGUCAGAUAGCAUGAACGCCGAGCAGGAAAGUAUUCCCAGCAGGAGGAAGAUCUCCGAGCAGGUGCAGAAAGGGUCAGAGAAUGUGGCAAGGCUUGAGCUGGAACUUCAGAAGAUACAAUAUGUCUUGCUGAAGCUCGAGGAAGAGAAUGAGUACAGAAGGCUUAAGGUCUCCGAUAAGCGCACCCGGGUCCUCCUGAGGGAUUAUCUGUAUGGGAGGAAGGAUCACCGCAGCGGUUCACAGAAGAGAAGGGCACCCUUCUGUGGCUGUGUGGGGUCGAAAUCGAGAACUGAGCCAUAACCAUUUUGUUACCGUGGCGGCUAGAAAUAAGAACUGCAUUUUUUAGGAGCAAAUGAUGCUUAUAGCAGUGUCCCUUUGUAAUUGAAUUAGCAUUGUAUUUAGUAUUAGUAAUAAGCUUUAUGUAUCUAUUUUUUUCCGGCUUUUCCUUUCAAAAUGAGCCUAUUUGAGCUAGUUCAACGUGUUACGUCCUAAGCAUCAAUGUGAUAUAUCUAUGCUUCACAGCUGGAUUACAUUAUGCUUCACACCUAAGAAAUGUGUUCAUGUUUCCUGUGCCUGAUUAGGUGUAUUGGUUAGGUGUUGUGGUCUGGUAUUUCAAGUUCUGGACACCAAUACUACUUUGCAUUGAAAGC